AUGUACACAAACAUCUCAGGUGAGAAGACGGUAAGCAUGUUGUUGGAGAUAUUGGAGCGAGAAUACUAUAUCCUGGGGGCAGAACGGAUACGGAAGGAGUCAUUAACACGACUGAUCAACCUGACAGUAAGGAUCAACAAUUUUACAUUUAACGGCAGUAUCUAUGAGCAAAUAUUUGAACUACCGAUGGGAUCUCCACUCUCACCUCUUAGCAACUGUAUGAAACCGUCGCUUCAAUCAAGCAUUUUUAUGCGAUACCUGGACGACUACUUUGCUCUUUGCUCACAUGGAAAGAUAAAUUUGGGUCAGCUACUCAAUUUUAUAGACCAACUUGAUGACUAA